AUGGAAGAGCUGCAGGCUGGAGUGAAAUCCACCUCACGACUGUUCACCUGGGAGGAGAUCAAGUUCUUCUCCAGCCAGGGGCACCCACAACAGGAGCGGUGGCUGGUGAUUGACAGGAAGGUGUACGACAUCGACAAGUUCUACCAUCAUCAUCCAGGGGGUUCCAAGGUCAUCAGACACUAUACAGGGCAGGAUGCCACGGAUGCAUUUGUGGCUUUCCACCCUGACAAGGCACUGGUGAGAAAGUACAUGAGGUCACUACUGAUCGGGGAGCUGGCGCCAGAUCAACCUAGCUUUGAGCCCCACAAAAACAAAUUGCUGGUACAGGAUUUCCGUGAACUGUGUUCCACCGUUGAGAGGAUGGGACUUCUGAAGCCCAGUGGUCUCUUCUUCUUCCUGAAUUUUCUGCAAAUUCCGCUGUUUCAAGCUGCCAGCUGGAUCAUUCUCUGGUAUUUCAGGAUGUCUCUGAUGCCUCUGCUCAUCUCAGCAGUGCUGAUGGCAACCUCUAUGCAACAGAGUCUGGUUCUGCAGCAUGAUUUGGGGCACCUCUCAGUGUUCUGCAAGACCAAAUGGAACCACUUGGCUCAGUUCAUUGUGAUGGGCUCAUUCGCAGGAUUCUCAUGCAGCUGGUGGAAUCACCUGCACGGCCAGCAUCACGCUAAGACAAACUGCUUCCGCAAAGACCCUGAUGUCAACUUGCAUCCGUUCUUGUUCACCUUGGGAAAGAAACUCUCUGUGGAGCUUGGGAUGAAGAAGAAAAAGUUCCUGCCGUACAACCACCAGCACAAGUACUUCUUCAUCACAGUGCCUCCGUUUCUGUUUUCCACCUACAUCCAAUUCUCCACUUUCUACCACGUAAUCCAAAGAAAACAGUGGCUGGACCUGGCCUGUGUGCUGAGCUACUUCAUCUGGCUGUUUCUCCUCUACAAGCCCCUAUUGGAGCUGAAGGCUUUGCUGGGCUAUUUUGUGCUGAUCAGAGUCCUGAACAGUAUUUGGACUUCUUGGGUCACACAGAUGAGCCACAUUCCCAUGAAUAUUGAUUAUGAUAAGAACAUGGACUGGUUCUCAACCCAGCUUCAGGGAACAUGUAAUGUGCAUCAAUCAAUAUUCAAUGACUGGUUUACUGGGCAUCUGAACUUCCAAAUUGAGCAUCACCUUUUCCCAAGGAUGCCUCGACACAACCUCUACAAGGUGGCCCCCAUGGUGAAGUCCCUGUGUGUCAAACAUGGCGCUAAGUACCAUUGCAAGCCCCUGCUCACUGCCUUUGCAGACAUUGUGCGAUCUCUGAAGGAGUCAGGGGACCUCUGGCUUGAUGCCUACCUGCAUAAGUAA